UCAACGGACUUACUGCCUGUUGACAAUUGAAAAGCAGCUGUCAUGCACCAGCUUCGUAUCGAGCGUAAUACCGUGAGUUCUUAGGCUUGUUCGCACCAGUAGUCUAGCUUUAAACUCGGUUCAACUUACUUUCUAUUUUUUUUUUUAUAGUUCUAGGAAUUAGAGUAAGUUAAACUACGAGUUUGAAGUUAUGCUGCAUUGGUGCGAAAGCGGACCUAAGACUCACAGUAUUACACUCGAUAUGAAGCCCGACAAUUGCUUUUAAAUUGAUUAACCGAGAGUAUUCCGAACGAUGGUAGAUUGGCUUAUUUUCUAGAUGUUGGCAGUCCUUUAGCUAAACCAAGAAAUAUUCUAAAUUUCGUUAUCAUCAUAAUUAGUCAAUAACUGUCAAUAACUCAAUUGUGAUAUCUAGGAAUUCUUUUACGAACUGAAAAUACUUUUCAAAAAAAUAGAGAAAAUCUACAUCUUUUCUUAGACAUUUUUAUAUACAUAUAUGAAUUUUAAAAUAUUCUAAAAUUCGUGUAAAAGAUCUGAGAAGUUUUCUGACAAGUUAUAAAGAAAUUCUGAAGAAUUCCGAAAUUUAUACCCUGAGUACGAAGUUAAGCAACACUGCUGCACUGAUGAGAACGCGCCUGAGAAAACAAAAGAAUCGUUAAAAAAGAAUACUAUUUAUUCACGCAGCCUAAUUGUGAACGGUCUAAGGAGGAUGUCGUGCACCGAGAGACUCGCGUAUCGCACUUACGUAAUACGCGCAAAAGAGACAUCUUUUGAUAAACUCUCUGCUUAGCCGAGUUUAUAACGAGUACAGUUCACAGGCGGACUCGCGAGCGCCUGACAUUGGCAUUCGGAGUCCGCGUCUCGAUCGCGCACUCCGCGAAACCCCGUGACCCAGUAAUCGAAUUUUGUUUUGACGGCCGCGUCGCGCGGUAGCGACCGGACGGGAACGUCUUCGAGCGACAUGCAGAUGUACGACCACGAUCCGAUUUCGACCGGUCUAGGAACCGGCCGGACCGCGCGGCGAGACGGGCGAUCGAAGCGGGGAAGAAAGGCUAGAGGAGGAGAGAGUGAGGGGGGGGGCGAUUUGCAUUUUAUCGGCGGGAGAUCGGACCGCAAAAGUGGAACGGGUCGUUUUUGCCUGAGCCAGAGCGAAACAGAGUGUGAAUAAAUUCCGAGGCCCGCGUUUUCCCAGCCAGCCGGCCGGCCGUGCCACUUCCUCGGGCUUAAUUGCGCCGUGAAUGGGCGGGCGAUACGCACGGCGGCGAUCGCGCGCCGAUAACGCGUAUCAUCGGCGGUCACUUCAUUUCACGGAGCACGCGAGUCUGCAGGAUACCGGCUGGUUAUCUUAUCUCCGCGAUCCUGCCUCGCGUGCAGCGACGGAAGAGACGAUGUUUGCGAAACACUCGAGGAGCAUCGCGACUAAACGAUUCUGCAAUGUAAUGGAAACGUGAUCGAUUACGAGAGAUCGUCAUAUAAUAACUUGGAAAAUUCCUGUGUUAAGUCCUUCGAAAAAUCGCGUCGAGAAAACGUACUCUCAAAAUCUGAAUCGGUGAAAUCUUACCGAUUUGCAGUGCUAUACGUAUAACUAUGGUCAUCAGUAACUAUUCGCUGUCGCUCAAUGUGAUUCUAAUUAAGAUGAGGAUUUCUCAGUGUAUUAUCACUUAAAAACAGUGUCCAUCUCUGACUGAUAUAACCGAUUCCGAUUUAGAGAGUGGAUUCGAGCGUGGCACGAGACUUAAAGGAGAGAAAGCUUCGUUAAGACGAAUUGCACGAGUUAAGAGUAAUCGCGCUCCCCUGGAAUCCUCUUCCCGCAAUCUUCGAAAUGUAGGGGAGAAGAAGGAAAACGGAGGGAAGGCAGAACGUCGUCGCGCAAGCUACGGCACUGGCGAACGGACCUCCAUGCCAUUGCGGAGGACGGCGCGGCGGAGCGGUGGAAACCUAAUGGGUCCCUUCCCUUUUCUUCGUCUUGCUCCGUUCGCCUCUUCCUUCGAUAGUCCUUUCCUUUCUCUUCCCGUCUCGCCUCCCGUUCUCUUUGUCCACCACGGGUUUACUCUCUCACGCGAUACCACGGCGAUACCGCCGGUCGCGAUAUACACCUACACCCAACGCUGGAGGUAGACGGACCCCGAGAUGGUCGCCCCAGGGACCAUCUCGUUUCAUAACUGACUCCUAAUCUCCUAAUUUAUGAUUUCUGGUCCUUUUAAUUCCCACUCUUUUUAAUCCGCAGUCUUUUUAAAUCGUGAUUUCUAAUCCUUUUAAUUCAAGAUCUUUGAGCCUUUUAAUUUGUAAUUUCUAGUUUUUUUUUUUAAACAGUAACCUACUGUGACCCGGAAGUGUAUCUUUUUUUCAAGUCAUGAUUUAAUUCUGAACCUUUUAAUUCGUAAUUCCCAGUCCUUUUAAUCCUAGUCUUUUUAAAUCGUGACUCGUAGUCCUCUUAAUUUGAUUCUUAUUGUUUGUUCUUUUAAUUCGUGACUCUCGGUCCUUUUAAUUCGCAAUUUCCCGUUCUUUCAAUUCGUGACUGAACUAAUCUUUUAACUCGUGACUCCUAGUCUUCUUAAUUCGUGCCGAAUCGUACCAUAAAGUUUCAUUCGCAGCUUUUUUAUUGCGUUCCGCUGCGAGAUCGUCUAUCUUUUAACGCGCAUUCUUUACUUCGCGUUUAUCUCUUUUGCGAGAAAUCGUAAUGACGUGCCGUGCUUCGCCGAAGCACGGAAACCGAUAUAUGAUCGAUAAGACGCUUUAUGCCUCACGAACUCUAGAAAGUUCACGUUUUAUCGCAGAUCGCCGUUCGCGUCGAUGCGAAUAAUGUGUAUUUCAAAAUGAACGCACAUUCGCGGGUAAUUAACCGCUACACCUGCCUUGGAUACAUAUAUGAUGUAAAGAAACGAGAAACGAUAUGCGGCGGGUACCGUGAAGUGUAGCGCUCGUAACUUUACGGAAUCACGGCGAAAUCGGCUUACAUAAACUUAAACAAUCUCGGGCGAAUGCGUGUAUGUAAUUAGGACGCGCCGGUGCAUAAUUGAAUCCAUUCGAGCGAGUCCUGUGAAAAUGCUUCACGCCGAUGGUAUAACGUAAUGAUAAAGCGUAACCGGUAUAAGUUUCAGAUACCUCCGACAGCUAGGUUCAAUUUCCCUUUGCAAAUUAAUGCUCCCUCAUUUUCGAUACUCCGAGCAAUCGGGGAGUUUAAUUUUAGACGAGAACCGAGAGAUCGUGUAGCGGCGUGAAAAUAUUAUACGGAAAGGCGGCAUCCCCGAGAAGAACUUGAAUGCCUUUAACGACGCUAGAAAGUGUGACCGCGACUUUCCGUAAAGUUUAGAACGGCGACUUUUUCCCCUCGAGAUCUGCUGAUUUUACGUAACGCGCCCCAGCGAUCUAAGAGUUUUUCCUAUCAAGUCGAGAACUCGCACAUCAUCCUACGAUCAGCAUUCAGCAAGUGUCGAGAUCGCCACGAGACCCGGCGGUGGUGAACCUUCACCAUCGCCGUCAACCGCAGGUCCUCUCCUUUGCAUUCGCCUCUGUCUCUGGUUCCCUUCUGUGCCUUCUACACGCACACACACACACACACAUACCUAGGUACACGCUUACUCACUCGUUUAUUCGCGCUCUCGCUCAUUCGCACGCUCAUUCCUUUAGCCACUCGCUCGCUCGCUCAUACACAUAAACGCGCAAGGCGCACACUCGUUGACUACCUGACGAGAACUCGAGCUCGACCAGUCACGUGGCCACCGAUCGCGAAGGAUGUUUGUGGGACCGCAAAGUCAGUCCGCGGCGGUCGGUCCGUCGAGAAAGAGAGGAUAGAGAGACGCGACCGCGUGGAAGAGAAGGAGGGAGAGGACAGGACGGAGGAGGAGAUACUGGAUCGGGGAUACCGCCUGGGGUCUCGGGAUCGUCGCUGCUCUAGCUCUACCUGUCCGAAGGCAUUCAGCGCGCGGUCGUUUCGGCUCGUUCCUCCGUAGUUCGCCGGAGUCAAAGUUUUCUCGAGGUGUUCUCCGCGAUUGACUCCCAUUACACGGGAGAAGUCUCGGUCGGGUCGACGAAAGGAGGAUUUUCCUCGACGCGAUCGUUAUGCAAGAGUUAAUAAUGUUGUGAUUAUAAUAAGAAGGUUCCUCGACGCGGGUGGGAUCGUCGAAUUGUUGUUUGUGCGUUAGAAAGUGUGGGCUGUGCGGCAUUUCGGUGCACUGAAACGUGGAAGACGCGAUGUGACGUCAAGCGAGACUCGGAAGUGACUGUUGAAGACUCGGGUGACGCGAAGUAGCUUAGAUUGACCAAGUCAUUUUCUUCAUUCGGAAUAAGACGCGAGUUUGAUCCUGUGGACUUCCUCAACAAAAUUUUUGCACUUCUACCAUUGUUUGGUAGUGAAGGAAGGACGUCUCAUUGUGAUGAAGUAGUUAAAUUGCCGAAAUUUUGACACGCUUGAAAAGGAGAAAAAGGUGGAAAGGAGGAAAAAAAUAUGCUUCCAGAAUGUGACACCCAACUUUGAUAGAAUCGGCGAACAAUUUGGGGCGCAUUGCGAUAGAAAGCUUACUCGCGAACCACGAUAAGUCAGGUUGCCGCGUUUGUUCACAAAGAAGCGGGCUCGCCGGGUCUGCUCGCACACUCUUCGUGGAAGGAAAGCACGAGCGAGCGAGAUAGAAAGGCGACUAUCGAGGCCGUAACGUCAUCUCGAACAUCAGUUUCAAUGACAAGCUAGAAAGAGAGAGAGAGAGAGAGAGAGGGGCGGCACGAAACGCGCGCGAAGUAAAUCUUGGUAUUGAAAAAUUGGAGCUGGCUUCUCGAGGCCGAGAACUAAUCGACGAGAGGAGGAGUAGUUUACGACGUGAUUCCCGCACAUAUUGUGUGCAAAGUUGCGAGGGCGAAGGCGGAUUUGGGAAAUUGAAGGUGCCGCGCACGAGGCCGCUUGCGAGCGUCCGAGUUUCGUGGCUCCCGCGGAAUUGUAUGCAAAAUCGCGUCGGCGAUCUCGCGAGGCAUCGGCGCGAUCGCGACCCGCUUACGAAUAAAGAGGACGAGGUGGACUCGAGGGGAGAGAACGAAAGAGAAGAGGCGAAAGAGAAGGAAACGCAGGCGAAUCGAGGGUACGCGCGGCAAGAUUGCGGCGAUUUCGCUGGCGCAACAGUGUGGAAUCAUGUGGCGACGUUGCACAACACUCCCGUCAUCUCCGAUCGGCAUUUAACGCGGCGCUCGUGUUCGCUCGUGCGUUUUAAGCGAGCGAGAAUUCCGAGGAACGCGCGCGGCGUCGCCAGCUACUUCGCCACUCGCUGGACGGCAGCAAACAGAUUUUUAUAUCAGAUAUCCGACGGCUGUUACGUCCGUCUGCGAUUGACGGAUACGUCACGCUAAAAUGCGCUGUUGCAACGAAAUCGCAAACAACGAAUUGAUUGUCGCGUGAAGAAUUCUAUGGGUGUCGAAACACUGCUGACGACGAGAAACUUAUCAAGCUCACAAAACGCCCCGCUCGCCGAAUUAUUUCGUGGCGUUUCUCAUAUUCCGUCGGCCUGGAAUAGACGGACGGGCGCGAUAAGGACGAUGAUAAGCGUCGCCGACUUAUCUUCAGAGAAAUUUGAACGGAGCGCAGUCUUCGCCUUUUACGCGCGCGAGGUGAAGGCACUCCGCGUUACCACUGACAUUUAGUCAUAUCGCGUCUAGUAAUAGCACAGAUAUUUUUACGCGUCGACGUGAUCGCGAGCCGGGACCUGUGCAUGGUUGGAUAGUUCAAAAACUUCGCAUAACACGUAUAAGCGCGUGUCGUCAUCGAGGAUGAGUAACCGCGUCGGUUAGGUGUGAAAAGCGAGUGGAAUGCAGUUGGCAACCAGUCAGAGGCCUCACCCGCCUCCGGUGCCACCUCGGCCGAGUCGGCAGGUGGUUGCCGAGGCCCUUAAGAGAUCGCCAAGGCCGCCCUGUCCCACCAGGCAGGCACCCCCGCCUCCGAACACGAAGCCCUGGAGAUCCGAUCAGCAACAAGUGCAACAGCAGCAGCAACUGCAGCAGCAGCAACAACUGCAGCAGCAGCAGCUGCAGCAGCAGCAGCAACAGGUGGACCUAACGGGCGGACGCACGAUCGUGUAUGAGUCCCUCAAAGAGUGCACGAAGGAUGGCAAGGAGGAGAGCAUAUUCAACGACAGAAAUCAGCGGGAUUGCAACCAAGCGCAAAAUGCAGACAGAAAUGUCGAGGAUAGCCGGUCGGAGAACGGAGGCAAAAUUACCUCGUCUCACGAGCAGCAUCAUGGAGCCGGCAGCGGUUCAGAAAAGCUUCAUUUCACGGGAAACGUCCCAGUGAACAUCGUGCGGAAGCGCAACAGUCUGACCGAGGAUCAACGACCACAACGUAGGCUAGAGAUCCGAAGAAAUUCCCGCGGGAAGGACCUGAUCGGUGGUCUAUCGUAUCAUCGUGAGCGAUGCAAGGAUUCAUCCGAUAAAGAUCAGCAAGGAGAGAACAGUGUGGUCUCGACGAAGAAAUUGGAAACGGCAGCGACGACGACGACGACGACGACGACGACGACGACGACGACGACGACGACGAAGCCACCGGUGGCUGCCCGAGCUGUCAACGUGUCCUUCGAAGACGAGCACCGUGCCUCGUCCUCCAGUCCGGAUGGUGGACGAGGAGUCACGGUGAGUCACGCGGAAAAAUGCAACGGCGAUCCGGAGAGAGCGGACGGACGCGAUACCCGGCCGACGCCCACGUGCCGCUCGUGUCCUGGUGAGCAACAAUUGCAACAGCAGCGGCAGCAGCAGCAGCAGCAGCAGGAGGAAGCGUUCGCGGCGAAUGGAAAGCUCGCGGAGAACGGCGGUGUCAAGAGAGUAUCCUCGAUCGAGAGAUCAACGAGCGUUGACCGUGCCGCCACCACGUUGCUCGUCGUUGACGAACCAGAGCGUAAAAUCGUGCUCAGCGACCACGAGGACAGUAACGACAACGACAGCGACAACAAUAUCCACCGGCAGGACUGGCUGGAGGCGGGGAUCCGUUACUCCUCCACACAAAUUACUUUGUACGGUGAUGACGGCGACGACGACACCGUCAGCAGAGAUCGCGUCAACGGUUACGAUCACCGAGAAGAGGAGAGAAUCACUGAUCUUGAUUUCAUCAGUAUACAAGAAAGGAUCGCGAUGUCUUCCCUACAAGGAUUACCCCCGUUACCGAGGAGCCUGAGCGGCUUCAACCUCAGUGGACGUUGCGAGAGCAGCGAGCCGCCUCCACCGCCCACGAGGUCGUCCAGUAAAUCCCAAAGAGGCGGUAAAACGUCGUUGCAAUCGUCGUCGUCGAGGCCGUCACCACCUGCCAGACAGCUCACCACCCUGGAUACCCAGCUGGCGGUGCUCAGGAGAGAAAUGUUUGGCCUGCGGCAGCUCGAUCUCUCCUUGCUGUCGCAAUUGUGGUCGUUGAACGAGUCGAUCCAGGAGUUCCGGCAGCUGUUGCAGGAGCAGGAAGACCGAGCGCCUUCGCCGUCGCCCAGCAGCGAGGAGGGAGACGAUACGUCUUACGGAGUGCAUCCACCGCCGCCGCCGAGAAGACCGGCGCCCACGCUGCAUCAUCAUCGGCCGCCGCGACCCCCCAGGCCGCCCAGGCCAUCGGCCAGCGACGAAUCGCCGUCGAGCGAGGAGUACGGGGCCGUUUGACGUAUCGUUACCGAGAGGAAGAAACAUACGAGAAGGUCUCGGUCCUCUCAUCGCACCUAGAACGGCGUUUUGGCGAGUGCCAAAAUAUCUCCGAACACGAGGAGAAAAAAAGAGACUUGUGUGAAAACGAAAACUACGACGGUCAAGACUCGUAGAUAUACAAGCAUCAUGAUAUUCGAUUCGGAAUUACUGAUUCCUAAGAGCAUCUUGCAACCUCGGUUGCAGAGCCAUUCGAGAUCGCGAUUCAUGAGACGGUUCUUUAAUUCGUGACCGGAACCGACGAUCGAAUCGGUCGGUUGACUGGCAGAUCAUUUCCCGGUAAAUUAGUCGUGGUCGCACGUAUACAGCGCUAUCCGUUGUCUGGAGAAGCCAUUCACUUUUCCCGUAAGUUGUCGCUCGGAGAGCUAUUCGAGAUUAUCUGCGACCGCUGCUUCAGCACGAAAGGAUUGAUGAUCGAAUCGAAACUCGACUUGGCGGAAGACCGCAGUAGUUCAGCCGCCAUUACGCGAACGCUAUUUCGUCUAUACGAGGAUAAUAAUCGCUGCUCACAGAUCCGGAGAAGAGUAUCGACUUGCCAAUUUGCAAUAACGACAUUCCGCAUAUAUCGCGCUCUAAAUAAGGAAGGACUCGAUUGCCGCGAGCGAGAGAGCUGACUUCAGCUCGGCGCGCCCGCUCUCCUCUCUAUUUGUGAUAACGCUCGAAGGGGCCUUUGAUUAAUGAUAAUCGCAUCCAUUUGUGCGGAUUAAGAUUUCUCCGCGUACUCCGCUCUACCGUAGAGCAAUUGUAACUGAUCCGAGCCCAAAGCACCGCGAUUCUUUCGUGUUGUGAUCCAAGAAAUAGCGCGAUUCUUUGGCGUCACCAGCCGGCUGGUGAAUCCGAAAGAAUCACAGCGUUCCCUUUUCUCUUCCAUGUUUCUUUUUUAUACCGUUGUCAGCCCGUCGUAAAGCUUAUCCUCGUUGCUAACGUCGGGUUACCUGCGCAAUUAGAUCUGCCGUACACACGAAGGGGAUGAACAAAUUUAAUAUCUGUAAAAAAAAAAAUAUUUAACGUGUGAUUUCUAAAUGUAUGAGUUCUGAUAGAUGUUAGACAGGUAAACAGCAAGCCUUAUAGAUACGUAAUACCUUAUGCCAAGUCUUCGCAUGUACGGCAUCUUCGAGAAAACUAAGAUUGUCAAUGUUCCGCGGCGCCCUUUCGUAUAGACUAGUAUGAGCUGUGUGUAAAAAUAUAUGUAAGACUAUCUGCAAAAAUAAAUGAGACUUAAUUUAAA